GGAGCGAGCAGCGGGGCCCGGCGUGCGGGGGGAGAGCUGCGGGCGCUCGCCCACUCCCUCUGCCUGCGCCUCGCUGCCGCUGCUUAGAGUCACUGGGGCUGCCGGCGCCAAGGGAUUCCCCAGCCCGCCGCCCAGUAGGUCAGCUCCAGCAGCAUAGUGUGUCCCAGGGCAUCAUAUUACAGCACUUCGUGGAAGGAUUAAUAAAGCAAGUUUUUUCUACAGCAUCCAUCAUUGUACUCAUCUUCUAGAUGCCUUUUUGUCAUCAGACCUCCUCCUCCUAAUUGCUGCAUUGUUCACUGUAGCUGUGACCCAUCAUUCUCCAGGCCUGAGACCCUUUGCUCUACCCUUUCUGCUCAUGGAACAUCCUGGCCUAUGCUCCAGUUUUCCUUUAGUAGCCUUGAGGUGAUCCUGGGAUGGUUUAUCUUGCUGACAGCCUGACUCUUUCAUCUUUUGCAGCCUGUGGUCCACAGAUAUUAAGUGAAAAAAAACGUUGAAAAUGUCUCAGGAACCUGAUAUUCCACAUACAAGUGAAGAAAAAUUAGGCGAUUCAGAGGGUAUCAAAGAGGACAGCUUGAACAACCCAGAUCAGUCUAUGAGAGCGAGGAUACGACAAAGUUCCUCAAGUCCACACAGGUGCAACACAGCUCAAUCUAGUUCCCCUCGGCUUGUGUCGAUGGAAGAGCUGAUGGAAACAGCGAAAGGAGUUUCUAAUAUGGCAUUAGCACAUGAAAUUGUAGUCAAUGGAGGCUUCCAGAUUAAACCAGCUGAAUUACCAGAAGGCAGCCUGGAGAAAACCGUAAAAGAGAUUGUACACAAAGCUUUUUGGGAUUGUCUGGAAGCCCAGUUAAGCGAAGAUCCGCCAACAUACGAUCAUUCAAUUAAACUUGUGGGGGAGAUUAAAGAGACUCUUCUAUCUUUCUUAUUGCCUGGUCAUACUAGAUUAAGAAAUCAGAUUACUGAAGUUCUGGAUCUGGAUCUGAUAAAGCAGGAGGCAGUGAAUGGGGCCCUGGAUAUUUCUAAGCUGGCACAAUUCAUCAUUGGAAUGAUGGGGACCCUUUGUGCUCCAGUUAGAGAUGAGGAAAUUAAGAAACUGAAAGACAUUCAUGAAAUAGUCCCACUAUUCAGAGCAAUUUUCUCUGUAUUAAACUUAAUGAAAAUGGACAUGGCUAACUUUGCUGUCAGUAGCAUUAGGCCGCAUUUAAUGCAACAAUCUGUUGAAUACGAAAGAGAGAAGUUUCAGAGGAUUUUUGAGAAACAGCCAAAUUCUCUAGACUUUGUCACCGACUGGCUGCAAGAAGCAUCAGAUGAUCUUGCCAACUUGAGGUGUAAAAAUCCACCUUCCCCUGGUGUUGGUGCUGCAGCUAGUGGAGUUCCUGUAUUGUGUCCUGCUGCUGUACAGAAUUGGGCCUAUCUAAAGCUGCUUAAGUGGGAUCAUGUGCACAGGCCUUUCCCAGAAACAUUGUUAAUGGACCACACCCGCUUUCAGGAAAUGCAGCUGGAGCUGGGACAGCUCACCGUGACGGGUGCUAUCCUCCUGGUCAUGUUCAAUGUAGCAGGUGCAGCGCUUUCCAAUCUGCCAGGGUUUGCUGACAAAAUCAAAACCAUUAUAAAGGUGUUGUUGACGGGAAUGCACCUUCCCUCCUUUAAUCUGAGUGAAUCUUUGGCUACUGUUGGUGAGAAGGUCUGUGCUGAAGUUAGUAGCUGUCUUUCCCAACAUGGAUUCAUGCCAUUGACAACUGAGAAAGAGAUUGUGCUUAAAGGACAGAUCCAGACAUUGGGAAAUUCUGACAACACUAUAUGCAAAUUGAUAGAUUCACGAAUUCAGGAAUUUUUGGAGAGCUAUCUGGCUUCUGGUCAUCAGAAAUCAUUUCCUGCUAUUCCUGGGGGAUUAGGGCCUAUUCAAAGAGAGAUGGAAGAAAUUGCUGUCAAGUACGUUCGCCUUGUCAACUAUAACAAGAUGGUGUUUAGCCCUUACUAUGAUGUGAUCCUCAGCAAACUACUGAAUAAGGAAGAAUCCCAAUUGUUAGGGUAGUCAGAAGAAUCAUCAUACCAGUUUGUAUGUUAUCUAGAUAGUGUUAAUUUUGUCUGCUAACAAAAUUGCAAUUAACUUGGCUUUGGAAAAUGGCAUUCCAUUAAAACAUAGUUUUAUUACUGUAACUCAAUAGCACUGAUUCUGAAGGGGAAAAUUAUGUAUAAGUUGGAAUAGGUGCUUUGAAUUAAAUGGUAAAUAGAUGCAUUUUUAGCACAAGUAUUCAUGCUGAGGAUAUGUUUGUUAAUUUUAUGGCUGUAGUUUUUGCUACUGAGCAGAUGUUAGAUAAGACUAAACAAUUGUACAAACAGACUGCAUUUUUAAAUUGCUGAUUUUGUGGGGGGCUUUUUGUAGCAUUCUAACUCUCCAAUUUACCAUGAAGUUAGUGUGUGCGUUCAUCUAGAGAAGAUUAGCCAAGGUCUGUUCCAUACUGAGUGAUUUGGCCUUCUGAAAUCCUAUUUUAACAACUGAAGAAAUAGUUUAAAAUUUGAGAUGUAAGAAACUUGAAUAAUGGUACUUAAGAGCAGGUCCAAACAUUGCAUUUUAUUGUAAUAAUAUAAGGCUACUAGUCUUUCUGCUAAUCACAUUUUUUCUAUGGCAAUUUUUGGUCUCUAUCUGCAAAUAAGUAACCAAAAACAUGAUAUAAUUAUAUUUUGUAGUGAAUUUUCUGGUUAUCAAAUAACGCUCUUCUUCUAUGUACAGUGUUACAAGGGUGACAGUCUAUAAGAUUGCAGCUGAAUUUACCUCUGUAAAACUUUCAGAUGGGCCAAGAGAAAUGUUUUGAAAAGAGUGGCAUUUCUUGCCUUUCAUUUGCUGGUAGUUUACUCCUUUUUAUGUGAAAUACUAAAGUAAACAUUUUCAGAAGAUGGAUAAAGACUUGUGCAUUGAAUUUCAGGCUUGAGGAAAUUUCCUCAUUUUUUUCCCCUAAGACUGUGUGGCUUACGAGACAAUUGUAUAUGCUCAUAGUUUCAGAAAUAUCACUGAAAUUGAAACAUACCAAGAAUUCCUUAAUAUUUUAAGCAGUGACUUUAAAAGGUAUAGUAGGAAAUGAACUAUUUAAAGUCAUGGGAAAAUAUUAUUUAGUGUUUUAGAUGCUUUUUCACUUUUUACAGAUGUUCUUGAACUCUUGAAAUAUUUUAGAUUGAGAAGAUAACUAGCAAGCUGUCCUCUAAAUGCACUCUGAAGGAUUUCUGAUCUUAGUAAUUCAUAAAAUAUUGAAAUUUAAACUUUUCUUGGAAGUAAAUAUAAGGUUUAGGACAGUUAAAAGCAAAAUUGAAACUUUCUUCAGCUGAUAGAGCCCGUCCGGUUCUGGGUAAGAAAUGGUUGCCAAAGUUCUUAGCAUCUCAGGUAAUAUAAGAUGAAAGGAGCUCAUGUUAAUAAAUGAUAGGCUGGUACCAUGUCCUAAGAGUUUUGGGGCAGUGGGGUGUGGGCGUGCUAUGACAAAAAUAGAAUAUUUACUGUAUUCUAAAAUGAAGAAUUUAAAAGGUGGCCUCUUUUGAAACUAUUGAUUAAUAAAAUAAUGAAUGUGACAGACUAGUCAACCAGUCUAACAUGAUGGUGAUAGGAAGGGAGGUACCCUGGAGUACUUAUUCUAAUGCUUACACUUCCCUUUGCAUUUUGAAAUUUCAGUAGUUCCUAGGGCUUGAAUUGAGAUCAGAUGUACGGCUCUAACAGUUUCCUGCUCUAUGGGGAAGAUGGAAUAAACUAACAGUAGCUUUACUUGCUUGAUGUAUCCCCACAUUAGCGUAUUAAAUCAAUCUCAAACUUCGGUUGAAACAAAGCUUACCUCAUUUUUAUGAUUACAAAACUAAUGACAAUAUUAGAAAACCAUUUUUCUUUGUUGGAUGGUUCUUUUGGCUGAACUCCUGAAAAUAUAUAUUUUGAACAUUCUUUAGUAAAUUGAAAAUAAGUAGCUUAAGCUCAAAAGUUUGUCUAGCACUAUUUUUUGGAUUGUCUAUGUUCUAUUCUACUCUCUGUCUCACUGGUGUGCCUCAGUCCCUUUGUUCUCUGCCUGUGGCACAUAAUAGUCUAGUCUUCUCUGUGUUGUAAUACUUUGGCCUAAUUUUGGUCUUUGGGUUUAGUGUGCAGGUAUUGGUUGCCUGCGAUAUCGAAGAACUCGGACUAGAUGACUCUGGCCUUCAAACUCUAUACUUUCUAUAUAUAGAAGUUACUGAGGGCUAUUAGAGAGAAGCAUUUCUUGCUCUUGUCCUCAAGCCUUGGUACUACAUUUCUCUAUACCUUUGCGUAGUGUCAGUGUGAUCUUAACUCUUUUGUGUAUUAGCAGUGGAUGCUUUAAACCUAUUACAGCAACUGGUGCUCUUGAAUUAUAAUAGCCCAAAUGCUGUUGCAGCUCCCAAUAUUACCUUUUUGUGUAACCUAUGUUUUGGUUUUCACCUGAACAAUUCCUGUGAGAGAUGAAGGUUAGAAAACAAACUACUCUGCUUGUGAUAUUCUUGUUAAUGGGAUCUAAGUGUACAGGUCCUAAAUUGCUGCUCUUUGUUUAUAUUUCAGCAGUGCCCAUAUUGUCCAUAAAUGCAGUGAUUUACAAUCUUAAAAAUAACAGUGCUGGGGAAAAGGAUACAACCCACAAAGUGAUCAGUACCUUUUGCUAGUACCACUACAUCCAUUUUUGUUUGAUAUGGGUGCAGUGGUAUGGGAUAGGGAGGAGGGACAUAGCUGAACUGUUCAAGAUUUGUUUUUUUAAAUUGAAUUUUUGUUUUCAUUUUCACACUCCUCUGUACAUCCUGGUUCUCAGGUCAUCAGCACAAUUUCUAAUGCAAUUUCUAGCCCAGUUCUAUAGAUUCAAGUUCAGUGAAAGCUCCCAAACUUCAGGCUACUUAAUCACUCAAAAGGUUUGAGGGUAAUUUCAAGGUAGGAACAAGCCAGAGACUGAUGCCAAAAUGAGAAGUAAGGGUCAUGAGCUGAUAUGAUGUGAAAUUGAGGAUUAAGGCUAACAUUUUCAAACCUGGUUCUUGUGUGCUCAGCACUCCUGAAAAUAAAACUACUUAGACACCUACACCAAAGAUUUUCAGAUCUGGGUGGUUAAGUGAGGAAUAAGCAUAGCAGAUGAGUGGUGACUGGCACCAUAUGGCUUUUGUGGGUGAGCUUUAUUUAUGUUGUGCUAUAGAAGGCCUGGUCUACACUGUGUGUGGGGGGGAAUUGACCUAAGAUAUGUUGACUUCAGCUAUGCUAUUCUCUUAGCUGAAGUUGUGUAUCUUAGGUUGACUUACCUCGUGUCCUCACGGCACGGGGUCAACUGCUGCCGCUUCCCUGUUGACUCUGCCUCUCGCAGCGGUGGAGUACAGGAGUUGAUGGCAGAGCAAUUGGGGAUCAAUUUAUCAUGUCUACACUAGGUGUGAUAAAUCUGUCCCUGAUAGAUCGAUCACUACCCGCUGAUCUGAUGGGUAGUGUAGACGUACCCUAAGUGUUUGGGAAAUCCUGCACAAAGUUCCAGACUUAAACUUUAGUACCUCCCAGAAAAACUACUUGAUUGCAGUGGAAGAGUGGUUCCCUACCAGCUUUGUUUAAAAAUACAUUGGAUCUGUUCUGGCUUUCUUAGUACAUUUAUCACUGUGAUAACUGCUUACUUAGAAACCCACCCACAAGCUUAAUGCUAAAACAAGCCUAUAGAAACAAUCGCUCCUGAGCAGAGACUGCAUGUGCUUAGCAUCCAUUGAGUAAAUGCUGCAAUAAGUACAAUGUCAGGAUGGGUGAUUCACUGUAUGGAUAAGCAAUAGUCAAAUACCAAAUUGUCUGGAUAAAUGUGUACUUGCUUAAUGUAGGAGAUCAUCACCCCCAUUUAGGCAAAGCUGCAAAGUCCAGAUGUCCACAAGUGCCAGCUCCUGCUUACUGUUCCCAACACACACCAGGGCAUGUUGCCCAUUGCUCAGUACAGUAAGUCGUUUUUCUCAAUAUUGUGUUUCGGUUCCUAAAGCUUUAUUGACAUUUUUUGUAAAAGCUAUCUGGGCAGCAGGCACAUUGGUUGAGUGGGGGGUACUGCAUUAACCAAGAACCAGUGACUCCAUGUUUGGGCUUUGUCAGUCUUGCAGAUAGUGUAAGUUGCUGCUGUGUUAUGUUUAUUUUGGGCAUUUGUUACUUACUACUAAACUUUUUUUUUAAAUGUUACUAUGUCACAUUUUGGUUACUUUCCCCAGGUGUUCUGAUUGAUUGUUCGAUGACAAGCUAAACUGAAAAAUAAGUUCAGAUAAGUGUGGCAAUGUAAGCACUCAGGCCAGCAACUAGAACCUGAUUCAACUUCUUUGUGCUGCUUCACACAACCACAUUUGUUCCCCAUUCUAGGAUUCUGUGCCAAACAGAUCAGGGGCUACCUCUGUAAAUAUCCCCCUCUACACUUUACCUUCUCUCCUGUCAAAUGAAAUUAUGCUUUUGCAGGUUACUAAGCAAUUCCUACUGCAAAUUCAACUUGCACACUGUGAAGAAUACACUUUACUGGCUGAAUACGUCCACCUCUUCAAAUCUCACUGGCACCCCUAAACUACAGUUAUCCACAUCAAUGGUUGGAAUUUAAGUUUGUCUUAUGUAGUAAGAGCCUGUAUAAUCUGGAGAAAAAAUAAUGCUCUAAUUAUUGAAGUGCAAUGUGUAAUAUUAAGGUGCAAGUUUUUAAAUGCAAUCUAAGAUGUACAAUUACCCAGAAUUUGCUUCUAAAAGAACCAUGCACCAUUAACUAUUUGAAAAAGACUGCAGUGAUUUAAAAAAAGAAACAAAACACUUAAUGUUUAAUAGCUUGUUUUUGCCUGUAAAGACCGUAACUAUGGAUAAAAUUAAUGCAGGACUAACAGUGCUUCUGGAAAUUUCAGUAUACAGAGUGUGCAUCUGAUGAACUGACAACACAGCAUGAUCAGUUUUUUCAUUUUAACUUACUUUGGAAUGAGGAAAUGUACUAUCUUCCAACAUUUUGGGGAGGGAGCAGGACUCUGAAAACAUGAGGAAUUUACCUCCCAACCAAUAUGUUUAGCUGAACAUCUCUUGGGAGGCUGCUUUGUUUGAUUGAUGUAAGAAUGUAUACAUAAAAUCCAAAUGAGGCAUGAA